GAGAGCUCAUACCUUAACAGUCUUGUUCAUCCUCACGUGUGCCCUGGGCUACGUCACCUUGCUGGAGGAGACCCCCCAAGAUACAGCCUACAACACAAAGAGAGGUAUUGUCGCCAGUAUUUUGGUUUUCCUGUGUUUUGGAGUUACACAAGCUAAAGAUGGACCAUUUUCAAGACCCCAUCCAGCUUACUGGAGGUUCUGGCUGUGUGUCAGCGUUGUGUAUGAGCUCUUCCUCAUCUUCAUACUCUUUCAGACUGUGCAGGAUGGCAGGCAGUUCAUGAAGUACAUCGACCCACACUUAGGGGUCCCUUUGCCAGAAAGAGACUACGGUGGCAACUGCCUUAUUUAUGAUCCUGGCAAUGAAACUGAUCCAUUUCACAACAUCUGGGACAAACUGGAUGGAUUUGUUCCUGCUCACUUUUUUGGCUGGUACCUGAAGACGCUGAUGAUUCGAGACUGGUGGAUGUGUAUGAUCAUCAGUGUAAUGUUUGAAUUUCUGGAAUACAGCCUGGAGCACCAGCUUCCAAACUUCAGCGAGUGUUGGUGGGAUCACUGGAUAAUGGAUGUGAUCUUGUGUAAUGGAUUAGGAAUUUACUGUGGGAUGAAGACUCUGUCUUGGCUUUCUUUGAAAACGUACAAGUGGCAAGGACUUUGGAACAUUCCUACCUACAAAGGUAAAAUGAAGAGAAUUGUCUUCCAGUUCACCCCCUACAGCUGGGUGAAGUUUGAGUGGAAGCCAGCGUCCAGCUUGCGCCGGUGGCUGGCGGUCUGUGGCAUCAUCUUCGUGUUUUUAUUGGCAGAGCUGAACACAUUUUACUUGAAGUUUGUCCUUUGGAUGCCACCAGAACACUACUUGGUCCUGUUGCGACUUGUCUUUUUUGUCAAUGUGGGAGGUGUGGCUAUGAGGGAGAUCUACGACUUCAUGGACGACCCGAAGUUCCAUAAGAAGCUGGGUCAGCAGGCGUGGCUGGUUGCUGCCAUCACUGCCACGGAGUUCCUGAUCGUGGUGAAGUACGACCCCUACACGCUCACGCUCUCCCUCCCUUUCUACAUCACCCAGUGCUGGAUCCUGGGGAUUAUCCUGGUGCUCACCUGGACAGCCUGGCGCUUCUUCAUUCGUGACAUCACUCUGCGGUACAAGGAGAUCAGGCGGCAGAAGCAAGAGCACAGAUACGAGAAGGAGAAAUGCCUGAGCAAUGGUGAUGGACACUCGUCAGUGCUGGAUGAACAAAACGGGAACAAACUAAGGGAGAGGAGGCUCUGAGCAAGAGCUGAAGAGCUGGAAGGGACUCGCAGUGCUCGAGUUGGCCUGGUGGCCAGUUCAACCUUAUCCUACCUAACUUGUAAUUUUCGUUGUUAGCUUUCCAAGGUGUGAAAAUCCUCUCGGGGAAGAGCUGUCACCCUGACGUACACACCCUUUCUGCUGUCUGCCCAGCCAGUCAGAGAAGGUCUGUGUAGAGGGGAGUCAGAGCCAGCACUGCUGCAAGGAGAUGGGAUCCUCGUUCCCACGUGUUGUGUCUUCCUGGAGAGCAGGGUUUGGGGACGAGGGGCUUGGCAGCAGCGUGUGAAGGGAAUCUGGCUGCUCUGUCUCCAGUGACCUCUGAGGUUU